CGACGCUUAGCAGCUCCCGGCGGUUCUCCUGCAGCCAGUCACAAGAUGACCCGCGAUUUCAAACCCGGGGACUUGAUCUUCGCCAAGAUGAAAGGCUAUCCCCAUUGGCCGGCCCGGGUUGAUGAAGUUCCUGAUGGAGCAGUUAAGCCACCUACCAAUAAAAUGCCUAUAUUCUUUUUUGGCACUCAUGAAACAGCAUUUUUGGGACCAAAAGAUAUAUUCCCCUAUGCUGAAAAUAAAGAGAAAUAUGGAAAACCAAACAAACGAAAAGGUUUUAAUGAAGGACUGUGGGAAAUUGACAACAACCCCAAAGUUAAGUUUUCCAGUCAAGAGCCCCACCCUGCUAUUGAUGCUGCAGUUGUUAAAGAAGCUGCUCAGGAAAGCAUUCCAGAUGUUACAGAGGAAAAUGAAAAGAUGGGUCCUAAACGGAGAAAGUCUACAGCUCUUAAAGGAUCUACUAAACAGGAUAAUAUACCUGCUGAAGUUGAAAUGGAAGAAAAAGAGAUGGAUGUUCCAAAAGAAGAAGAUCCUUCAGAGAAAACUAACAAUGAAGAUGUAGAGAAAGCAAGUGAUGUACCUGUUCCAAAGGUUGCUAGAAGGGGGAGAAAAAGAAAGAUUGAAAAACAAGUGGAAGCUGAAGAGGAGGAGGCAGCAGCAGCAGUGGUAACAACAGCAGUGGCUUCACCUCCAAAAGCAAGUCCUAAAAGAGGAAGACCAGCUGCUACUGAAGUAAAGGUUCCAAAACCCAGAGGGAGACCCAAAUUGGUGAAGACACUUUGUCCUCCUGAGAGUGACAUUGUUCAUGAGGAAGAUAAGAAUAAAAGAAAGGGAGCUGAAGAAAAACCACCCAAAAAACAGCAGAAAAGGGAUGAGGAAAGUAAUAGGGAAGAAGAAAAACUAAGGAAAGAUGCAGACAAAAAAGAGGGCAAAAAGGAAGUUGAGACAAAAAGGAAAAACAUUGCUAAAGUGGGAUCAGCAUCAGCCUCUGAUUCUGAAGAAGAUGGCGAAGAGCAGGAAGGAAAUAAAAAGAAAAAAGGAAGAAAUGUUCAAGGGACUUAUAGAAGGAAUAUUUUAAAAGCUCAACAUGAGCGUGAAGCGGUUGAAAGAAAACGUAAGCAGGAAGAGCAAAUGGAAACAGAGCUACAAAACAAAGAAGAAGGCAAGAAACCAGAAGCGAAGAAGAUGGAGAAAAAGCGAGAAACAUCAAUGGACUCUCAUCUUCAAAAGAUACAUGCAGAAAUAAAAAAUUCACUCAAGAUUGACCAUCUUGAUGUAAACAGGUGCAUUGAGGCUUUGGAUGAACUUGCUUCACUUCAAGUAACAAUGCAGCAAGCUCAGAAGCACACAGAGAUGAUUUUGACCCUCAAGAAAAUACGAAAGUUCAAGGUCAGCCAAGUUAUAAUGGAGAAAUCCACUAUGCUCUACAAUAAAUUCAAGACCAUGUUUCUUGUUGGAGAAGGAGACUCUGUUCUUUCACAAGUGCUGAAUAAGUCACUUGCUGAGCAGAAGCAGCAUGAGGAAGCAAACAAAACCAAAGAACAGUGGAAGAAAGGGCCAAACAAGAAAACAGAAAAGGAUAGAGAGCAAACAGGCUCAAAAAUAGUCAAUGGAAGUUCUGAUGCUCAAGAUGCAAACCAGUCACAACAGAAUGGAGGCGGCACAGAAGAAAAAAGAGAGAAGCUUGAAGCAGGCAGUAAGAAAAAAAUGUCUGGUGAUGGAAGAGAACAAGAGAAGACACAGGUUUCCACCUCUGAAAGUGAAUGAAUGCAGCCUAAUUUUUGUAAAUCACAUAUUAAAGAGGACUAUAAGGGUUUGCAUUUGAGAAUUAGAUCGCUGAAAGUUUUAAAUUUUAUAACCAUAGUAUUUUAAUGUGUACAUUUUCAUGGGGAUUGUGAAGAAUCUCCCUUUAACCUUAUUUUAAAAGUAUUUAAACAUCCUAAUACCAUUUGCCCAGUAUUAACAGGCAAUAUGCAGUUCAGGUGUAAAGACCAAGUCGAUUUAGAGACUGAAAAGUGUUUGUAUGUUUAAUGACUAGCACUGUAGUAUAUGUUUU